AUGGUGGGCUUUUCUCGGCUCCACCUCCAGCUGCUGUCUCGUCUCUCUGAGCCGUUCCCUGCCGCAUCUCCUGACAUCGGUGCCGUCUCCUACUUAUCGUCCUUCGAGCUGAAUUCGCCUCCGUCGACUGCUGCUCUUCUCGACGCGUGCUUCUCUUCCCAUCUCGUAGUCUUCGCCGCUUCAUCCUUUUUCCCGGAGGAGUUCAAGGAGUAUGCUGAGAAGGCGAAGUCACUGCCUCCGGCGACGAAGGAUGCCGAUAAGCUCGUCCUCUAUGGACUCUUCAAGCAAUCCACCCUUGGUUCUGUCAACACCAAUCGUCCUGGAAUGUUCAGUCCAACUGAAAGGGCGAAAUGGGACGCCUGGAAAGCAGUUGAAGGGAAGAGCAAAGAAGAGGCAAUGACCGAGUACAUUGCCAAGGUGAAGCAGUUGAUGGAAGGUGCUUCUACUGCUGCUGCAUAAUUAUAUGUUUCAUACAUGGUAUAUGGUGGGAGCUCCUUUAUAAACUUCUUCAGUAUUUCCAACACUAUGAAAUGAAAGGUCUGUACAAUGAAGGUCAUGAUGAUUCUCAAUAAUCGCUUAGUUUCACGAGUUACAACUUACGAGUACUUGCUAUGUAUUUGUGACACUUUGUAAACUUUUUUUCAUUUUUAUUUUAUGACAUGUAAUUCGUAUAUGAGAUGUAAUUCAAGACAUACCUUGAUUUUAUACGCCAUCUAUAGAUAAAAUUUUCGAAUGGAAGAAUGC